GAACAGUGAGAUCAUAACCUGAGCCGAAGUCAGAUGCUCAAUUGACUGAGCCACCCAGGCACCCUGCAGUGAGUUUUUGAGGUAAAAACAAAACCUCUUCCUGUGAGCCAAGCAUGGAGGUAUCACGCCACUUCUAUUAUGGAAUAUCCAUGUGUGGCCCUGAAACUGGCCUAAGUGUGACUUGUGAGUUAAUGAUUACCCUAGCAGGUGUCUUAAACUGCUUGGUUUCACUGGGCUUGUGCAGACAGUUCACCUACAGAGGAAUCUUCAGAAAGCAGCAUGUUCCCUUUGCUCUCUGGAGCUGGACUGGUGGUUCUGAACCUAGUGACCUCUGCUAGGAGCCUGAAGACAGAACCCUUUAUUGGUUCUGGGGACCAGCCCCUCUUCCAUGGAGCAGAUCGAUCUGACUUUGCCGUCAUGAUCCCUCCAGGAGGCACAGAGUGCUUCUGGCAAUUUGCCUACCAGAAUGGAUACUUCUAUUUCAGUUAUGAGGUGCAGCGGACACUGGGAAUGUCACAUGACCGGCAUGUUGCUGCCACAGCACAUACCCCACAGGGUUUCCUCAUAGACUCCUCUCAGGAUGUUCGGGGCCAGAUUAACUUCUCUAUCAAAGAGACAGGUUUUUAUCAGCUUUGUCUAAACAAUCAGCAAAAUCACUUUGGUUCUGUGCAAGUUUACCUCAAUUUUGGAGUUUUCUAUGAGGGGCCUGAGAUGGACCACAAACAGAAGAAUGAAAGAAAACAACUGAAUGAUACUCUGGAUGCAAUUGAGGAGAGUACACAGAAGAUGCAGAACAAUAUCUUUCACAUGUGGCGGUAUUACAACUUUGCCCGCAUGAGGAAAAUGGCUGACUUUUUCCUUCUCCAAUCAAACUAUAACUACGUGAACUGGUGGUCGACAGCCCAGAGCUUUGUUAUUGUUCUUUCUGGAAUCCUGCAGCUGUAUUUCUUGAAGCGUCUCUUUAAUGUCCCAAAGGUUACAGACACAAAAAAGCCAAGAUGCUAAGCCAAAAUGACUACAGCACCCUAGUCCUUUUCUUCUGGGUCAUGAGCUUUGUAAAAUUAUUGGGAAAAAAAAUCAACUUGUUAGAACAUUUUAGUCUAUUGCUCUCCUUUCCUAUUGCCUCAAAAUGGCAAUAAAAUAAUAAAAAUGUAUAAGUAUUGA